ACUCGGUGAUUGUCGUUCAGUUGACCGAUCGGACCAAGAAAUCAUCGUCAGCAGCGGAGUUAACACGUAGUGGAGGCCAAGGGCAUGGAGAGCGAAGGCAGCACGAGCGCCAACGGCGGCGCCGCCUGCGCGGUCUGCGGCGGGUCCGCGGCCUUGUACUGCCCGGCGGACGCCGCGGCGCUCUGCGUGCCCUGCGACGCGGCUGUCCACUCCGCCAACCCUCUGGCCUCCCGCCACGAGCGCGUGCCGCUGGCGGCCGCCGUGGCCGUGGCGGCGACCUCCGGCGUGUACGACGGCCUCUUCGCGGCUGACGACGAAGGCGCGGCGUCCUGGCCGACUCCGGUGCAGGGAAGCCCCAACAGCGGCUCGUCUGGCUUCAGUAACGGCAGCGGCGUCGAGGUGAGCCUGUUUGACCUGCUCUCCGACGUCGACCUCGUGGCCACCGGCGCCGGCGGGAGCGUGUCUUCGGACGGUGGCGUCGCGCCGUUGUGGCUGCAGCCUGGCCUUGUCUCUGCUGCGUGGAACUCCUCUUGGUCGGCGUCAGAGGCCGUGGUCGUCCCGUCGCCGGCGGACAGGGCGGCGAGGGUCAUGCGGUACCGCGAGAAGCGCAAGAACCGCAAGUUCCACAAGACCAUCCGCUACGCCUCCCGCAAGGCGUACGCCGAGGCGCGGCCGAGGGUCAAGGGCCGCUUCGUCAAACGCCCUGCCGCGGCGGCGACGGACGACGGCAACACGAGCGCCGCCGAGGCCGCCAAAUUCUGGCUCUCCUUCUCCGACAACAGCGUAGGGUUUCACGUUGCUUCCCAUGGAGUCGUGCCAAGCUUCUAGUUCUGGAAGGGUGAAGGUACUUGACCGUGGCAAUGGCGUCUGCCCAGCUUGAGACGAAAUCCAGCAAAGUGCAGAUGCCAUGCUGCCAUCCUAUCGGCGCCAUGGUCUUCCUGCCGUGCCCGUGAUCCUGUCGUGCCGUCGUUGCAGUCAAUAUUCAUUCAUGGUAAAAACCCGCCAUCGACAUUUUUAACUGAUGACGCGGGUUCUUCGAUCAUCCCCAUUGGUGAACUACUAGGCGAUUAAUGUAUUUCCUCGGUCUCUUGUUAGUUUCAAGUGCUAAUAUGAAUAAAGAAUCAUGUCGAAUUCUUGUAAGCACACUGAUGUUCAUAUCAUUUUA